AUGUCUGGAAGGCAUUCUCUUAGGAUCAAUGAGGAACCUAAAGAUCAAUUUUGUUUUCAAACUCUUAUCAACCACCUCACUGAAAUUGAAAAGAAAAUAGGGCAAGAAAAGGUUCAAAGAGAGUUACAAAGUGCCAUGGUCACUAAUGAGUUGAAAAUGUUGAGGGAAGAACAAGCUCAACUUAAAGAGAGAAGUAUGAGUGGAGAGUCACAAAGUGAUCAAGAACACUUAGGAGUAGGAGAUUACUAUCCUUCUUCAUCAAGAAGGCAUAGGCGGGAAUUUGAAACUCCCUCUCCUCCUAAAGAAGUCAAUGUGGUAUUGCCUCAUUUCCAUGGGAAAGAUAAUAUUGAGGCUUACCUAGAUUGGGAAAUGAAAGUAGAGCAAAUCUUUGCUCGUCAACAAGUGGCGGAAGAGAGGAAAGUCUCACUUGCUACCCUUAGUUUUCAAGGGUAUGCAAUGUAUUGGUGGACUGCCUUAGUCAAAGAAAGGAAAAGGCACAUUCCUUCUUACUAUAAGAGGGAACUUAUGGAUAAGCUCCAAAUGUUGCAACAAAAGUCUAUGUCUGUUGAACAAUAUAGACAACAAAUAGAGCUAUAUAUCAUGAGAGCAGGAAUCACAGAGUCAGAGGAAACUACUUUAGCUAGAUUUUUGAGUGGGUUGAAUUUGGACAUAAGGGAUAAAGUUGAACUUCUACCUUAUAGAGAUUUGAAUGAACUUGUUCAAAUGUGUAUCAAGGUAGAACAACAAAACUUGAGGAAAAUUUUGGCUAAGAGAUUUGCAUCUCCUUUUGAACAGCCAAUGACCAAAGCAAAAGAACCCCUCAAACCUCUAGCCAAAAUAGUUGAAAGGCCACACAAAGAAUCUUCUUCACACACAAGAACAAGUGAAAUUAAGUGCUUUAAAUGUCUAGGAAGGGGUCAUAUAGCUACUCAAUGUCCUACAAAAAGAAACAUCAUUUUGAAAGGCAAGGACAUUUAUAGUAGUGAAAGUGACACCCCAACUAGUAAAGAUGAGAGUGAGGAAGAAAAAGAAGAGGAAGUAUAUGUUGAUGAUAGACAACUUCUCAUGGUAAGAAGGAUACUUAGUAGCCAACCAAGUCUUGAAUACUUAUCACAAAGAGAGAACAUCUUUCAUACAAGAUGUAAAAUUAAAGAAAAUCAUUGUUCUCUCAUUGUUGAAAGUGGGUCUUGUUGUAAUUGUUGUAGUACAAGGUUGGUUGAGAAGUUGAAGCUUGACAUUAUACCCCAUCCAAAACCUUACAAACUUCAUUGGCUAAAUGAAGAUGGGGAUAUAAUAGUCAAGAAUCAAGUGAAAUUGGCAUUUUCCAUUGGGAACUUCAAAGAUGAAGUUUUAUGUGAUAUAGUUCCCAUGGAAGCAUGUCAUGUGUUAUUGGGGAGACCAUGGCAAUUUGAUCAUCAAACUAUCCAUCAUGAGUUUGAUGACCUUUUCCCAAAAGAAAUUCCAAAAGGACUUCCACCCAUAAGAGGAAUUGAGCAUCAAAUUGACUUCAUUCCAAGGGCAACUCUUCCUAAUAGGCCAACCUAUAGGACCAAUCCCCAAGAAACCAAGGAGAUUGAGUCACAAGUUCAAGAAUUGCUAGAUAAAGGCUUAGUUCAAAAGAGUCUAAGUCCAUGUGUUGUACCAGUGUUGCUUGUGUCAAAGAAGGAUGGCAAGUGGCGCAUUGUCAUAUUCCUUGGAUUUGUGGUUACCAAGAAUGGGGUUCAUGUGGACCUAGAAAAAAUAAAGGCCACCCAAGAUUGGCCAACCCCAAAGAAUGUAGGAGAAGUAAGGAGCUUUCAUGGUUUGGCAAGUUUUUAUAGAAGAUUUGUUCCUAACUUCUCUAGNCUUGCUUCACCCCUCAAUGAGUUGGUGAAAAAGGAUGUUACAUUCCAUUGGGGGGAAAAACAACAACAAGCUUUUGAGCUACUCAAAGAGAAGCUCACACAAGCACCCAUUCUAGCUUUACCAAAUUUUUCCAAAACUUUUGAGCUAGAAUGUGAUGAUUCAGGAUUUGGCAUAGGUGCUGUAUUAUUACAAGAAGGACACCCCAUUGCAUAUUUUAGUGAAAAACUUCAUGGUGCCUCUUGUAAUUAUCCCACCUAUGACAAAGAACUUUAUGCACUUGUGAGGGCUCUUCAAACUUGGGAACAUUANCUUGUUGCUAAAGAGUUCAUCAUUCAUAGUGAUCAUGAAUCACUUAAGUAUUUGAAGAGUCAACACAAGUUGCAAAAGAGGCAUGCUAAGUGGUUAGAAUUCAUUGAACAAUUCUCUUAUGUUAUCAAAUACAAGAAAGGAAAAUCCAAUGUGGUAACUGAUGCUUUGUCAAGAAAGAGAGAGGGGUAUCUUUUUAAAGAAGGAAAAAUUUGCAUUCCUCAAGGAUCACAUAGAAAACUCCUUGUCAAAGAAACACAUGAAGGNGGUUUAAUGGGACAUUUUGGGGUAGAAAAGACUCUUGGCAUGUUAAAAGAAAAAUUCUUUUGGCCUCACAUGAGAAGAGAUGUUCAAAGGCAUUGUUUUAAGUGUAUUACUUGUUUGGAAGCCAAAUCUAAAUCAAUGCCUCAUGGACUCUACACUCCUUUGCAUGUUGCAUCAACCCCUUGGGAAGAGAUAAGUAUGGAUUUUGUGUUAGGACUUCCCAAAACUUCUAGGGGUUUUGACUCUAUAUUUGUGGUGGUUGAUAGAUUUAGCAAAAUGGCUCAUUUUAUACCUUGCCACAAAGUAGAUUAUGCAAGCAACAUUGCAAAAUUGUUCUUUAGAGAUGUGGUCAAACUUCAUGGCCUACCCAAAGUAAUCAUUUCGGAUAGAGACACCAAAUUCCUUAGUCACUUUUGGCAGACCUUAUGGUCUAGAUUAGGGACUNAGUUAUCUUUUUCUACUACUUGCCAUCCUCAAACAGAUGGUCAAACUGAAGUAGUAAAUAGAUCUCUUUCCACAUUACUAAGGGUAGUUCUAAAGGGAAAUCACAAAUCUUGGGAUGAGUAUCUUCCUCAUGUAGAGUUUGCCUACAAUAGAGUGGUUCGUGGAACUACUAAAAUGUCUCCUUUUGAGGUUGUUUAUGGCUUUAACCCUUUAACUCCUAUGGAUUUAUUACCCCUUCCUUUAGUUUGGGUUCAUCUUAGGAAGGAAAGAUUUCCUCAACUAAGAAAAUUCAAACUCAAUCCUAGAGGAGAUGGUCCUUUUAGGGUGUUAAGGAGGAUUAAUCCUAAUGCUUAUCAAAUUGAUCUUCCUCCUGAAUAUGGUGUUCAUGCUACCUUUAAUGUAUCUGAUCUUAAACCUUUUGCAGGGUGGCGAACGAGGUCAGAAAAUUGGCCUCAGUCAAGAGGCCAGAAAAUUGGCUCCAGAACGGGAAGUGUAAAGGGUGGCGAGCGAGGUCAGAAAAUUGACCCUGUUCAAAGUCAAGAGGCCAGANUGGCUCCAGAACGGGAAGUGUAA